UUUGCAGCGCCUUACAACAUACGAAACUUAAACGACGCCGUUUUCUCCAACCCGCUGGGGACAAAACAGUGUACAGUUUCAGGAGUGCUUUAUAAUCACAGUCAAAAGAUACUGUUUACCGACCACUGUAAGGCGUGCAUUUGCAUCGACGGGCAGAUAUUUUGCUAUUGGCAAUGCGACGACACAGCAGCUCCUGCAUUGGACACGAUGAUGGACGAAGAAAUCGACGACGAACCGCAAUCCACGUCCACGACAAACAUGAUUUUGACUACCUUCGAAACCGAUGCGAGUUCGAAAUCGACAAAUUUUGUACCGCACUCGAGCCCCUCGGACGUUUUGAUGACAACCACCGUGACACCCAUCAACGAUGACUCCGAACCGUUUUGCCUCGUCAUGGGUGUCAGGUACAAGCCGGGCAGCGUGUUGCCGAGGGACGCGGGAUCCUGUCUGGAAUGUCAGUGCGGCCAAAACUCGCAGAUCGCGUGCAGCCCGAAGGACUGCAUAACGUUGAAUUCGUUGGGUGACGAGGACACAUCCGAACCGGAUUUCUACGGCAACAACAACGGCGAACAGAACAACGGAAAUUUCAACAUGGACAUGUUUGCCGUCAACGUUGUUUGAUGGAAAUAAUCGGUGAUGGAACGAGAGAGAGAGAGAGAAAAUUAUUGAUAUUAAACCAUGCGUCUUUUACGAUUAAUAUUAUGCGAUUUUUGUUUUACAAAAAAACAGCUAUAAUAAUAUAAUAUUAUUAUUAUUACUACGCCAUAUUGCAUUGCCCGCCAAAAUGUCUAUGAUAAUAUUAAUAACGAUCAAAAUAUGUCCUCAUUAUUAUAAGUCAAACAGUUACGGUUUUGGAGUUUUCGAUUUGAUUUUACGCAUACAUUCACAUAGUUUUUAUUAUUAUUAUUAUUAUUAUUAUUAUUAUUAUUCAUUAUUAUUUAAUUUUUAACAGUGAAUAAUAACUGCAAUUUUCAACAGAGUAAAAAAAUAUAAAAUCCCCAUCAAAUAAAAAUACGACCUGACCGUUUAAAAAUAAAAUAAAUUCCCUCGCCUGGACAUAAAAUUCUCCCCGGCAAAAUUCGUGGCUCCGUCAUUAACUCUAAUGCCCAACAACAGAAAUAACGUUUAGUUUAAAUUUCAUUCGAAAUUUCAAACCCAAUAACCACUAACCAAUAACAGUGUUCGUCGGCGUCUUGUUACUUUUUUCAAUAAAAUAAUAUAUUAUAAUAGUAUCACAGUAUAAUAUGCACUAUUAUUUCCUAUUAUAUAGUGAGUGGUAUAUAACAGGUAGGUACAUUGCAAAUUAAAUACCGGAAAUAAUGGUUGACUGGAACCUAUGCGCAUUGCAAAAUUCGAAAAUUUGUGUAAAAACCUUGUCGUAUUUUAUAAUUUUUUUUUUUUUACUUCAUGCCGAUUAAACCAUUUCAAUAUACAUCGUGUGUGAAAGAAAGACCAAGUCGCUUAGGAUAUCGCAGUAAUCUGGUUCAGAUAUGUUAUUAUAGGUAGGUAUAAUAAUCGGUGCGCCGUAACUCCGCACGGCUCGUCGCCAUUUUAUAAUAUAUCACCUUAACUCCGCAUACAAGGUUUUUUUUCGACACCUUAACUCCGCAUAUGAAGUUUUUUUUCGACACCUUAACUCCGCAUAUGAAGUUUUUUUUAACACUGUAACUCCGCACAUAAUUUUUUUUAAUGUUUAAAUACAAAAUACAAUACAUGUUAU